GCUAAACCGAUCACGCACGGCUAAUAAAUAUCGUGCCCUACAGCUUUUCCUAUACUAUUGAUAUUUCAUUUGAAAAAACAACGCAUCUUUCUUGCUUUAAUAUAUAAAAAUCCAUAACAGUUGCAACGGACACGUUUUUUUGUUUAAGUUGCCGAUUUGUCACGGAAAAUUGGAAACGGGGCUGCAUAAAUUGACUUAAAUGGAGUUUGACAUUUAUUUAAGCGCAUCACAGCAAGAUUCCACGGAACCUUAAUCUGUAACCUCUCGAUCCAGCCCCAUAUCACAAAGUGAACUGUUUCACCAGUAUUACUGCAUGUUUGCUCAGCUGAUCGAUAGUCAGUCUAAACAAGGACCCGUAUUGAUACGCCUGUUAUUAAAAUAUAGCAGCCUCAGAAAAAAAAUAAUCAAAAAAGCUAAACUUGUCUGUCUAGUUAAUUUAGUAACGUAUGUUACUAAUUAUGUCUGCAAUAAUAAAAUAUCUUGAGGAGAUGGACAUUACUGCUGAUCUGGUCUGCAUUACUCACCACUGUCACCAGCAGAGAUACUAGUACAAAACAGCGAACAUUUCUAAACCAAGCUGCCAGAUCUUAGGGUGACCAAUAAGUCCACUUAUUCCAGCUAUUAGAGAAAACAUUUGAAAUCCGCUAAAUAUUUAAAAGCAGCGUUCAAUAAGGUAAGAGUCAAACGUGAAUGCGGUGACAUGUGGCUAUAUUUGUUUGCUGUAUUUCUUGUUCUGUGUUGUUUUAAUACACAACGAUAAAUAUGAAAACUACUUGAAAGUAUACAUUUUAUUUUAGUAUAACAAGCAUGUAGCGUGCAUGAAAUGCCCGCGCAUGCGCGACUCCGCUUGGAGUUUGGAGCCGCGCAGCAACAGCGCGUUCACGUGAAAUCUCAGUUUGAGAGUGUGGUUCACGCCACGACACAAGUAUCGCUUGGCAGAAUGAGGUAAAUAAUUAGAUUUUUAGCUUUAACUUUUUGCCGUCACGCCGAGCGCUCCUGUGGUAUACACGGCUUUCGCAGGUGGCGCUGAGCCAGCGGGUCUGUCAGUCAGUGUCAUCAUGAGUGGGAAGAGCCUGCUGCUGAAGGUGAUUCUCCUUGGCGAUGGGGGAGUAGGCAAGAGCUCCCUGAUGAAUCGCUAUGUGACGGACCGGUUCGACUCGCAGUCCUACCACACCAUCGGCGUGGAGUUCCUCAACAGGGACUUGGAGGUGGACGGCCGCCUGGUCACCCUGCAGAUCUGGGACACGGCUGGGCAGGAGCGCUUCAAGAGCCUGCGCACGCCAUUCUACCGGGGUGCGGACUGCUGCUUGCUGACCUUCGCCGUGGACGAUCUGCAGAGUUUCCGCAACCUGGGCUGCUGGAAGAAGGAGUUCAUGUACUACUCAGACGUGAGGGACCCAGAGCGCUUCCCCUUCGUGGUCUUGGGCAACAAGGUGGACAAAGGCCCGGAGAGGGAGGUGGGGGAGGAGGAGGCACGAGCCUGGUGUCAGGAGAACGGGUGCUGCCCGUACUUCGAGACCAGUGCCAAGGACGAUACCAACGUGGGCGCGGCGUUUGAGGCUGCCGUGCGCGAGGUCCUGGCAGGGGAGGAGCAGCUGGACCACGCGCUACUCAGCAGCGCCAUAGAUCUCCACGGCAACCGCAAGGCCCCGCGCUCAUCCUGCUGCUGAGUCCUAUUGCUUCCCCCCCACCCCCGGCUUACAUAUCCGCUUGCGUCAUGUGAGCUUGAGACCAGCCUCUGAGCCGCAGGCAGGGGCUCGAGCUGGGAAGGGUGGUUCUGAGGCAUGAUCCGAACGGACUGUUGUGCACUUGGUACCAUCCUGGUUUCUCCGCGUCCGGCGGGAUGUGGGGUCCUAGUCUAACUGCGUCCCUUUGUCUCUCUUGUCAGCCUCCCAGGUGCCUGUGGCGUUAGUGGUGGUCGUGGUGGUGGUGGUGGUGGGGAGGGCUGCAGGUGUGCAGGUUAUUUAACACGCUGGUUCCUCACUCUCCAGUGCCGUGACGCUGCCUCCUUGAAAAAGCACAGCUUGGCAGAGGAACACAGAGUGGUUUGCGUUCUCAUUCAAAGAUUCCCUUUAAAAAGUGAAAAAAUAUUGCAUCAGCCUAACAGAUCACCUGUCUGUUCAUAGGACUGUCAUUUUUCUGCAGGUGGUGGUGAGGGGGGGGGGGGACAUAAAGAGAAGUGAAAUUGGUGAGCUGCCUCUGUGUAAUCCUGCGGUAAAUGUGACUUGGUUGCCAUGAGUUUUUGUUUAGUAAUCUGUAGCUGUGUCUACACCUGUUCGUGACUCGUUUAAUGAUGAAAAUCGGUUAACUAUGAAGGUACUGUAUUUAUGCUACACUUGUUUUGUGCUUUUGGGUGUUUAUUGGAGAAAAAUGGGAAACUGACAUUUUUCAGGGACAUAUUUGUAAUUGGGGCCCCCUUUACUCUUUUAAAACAACAUUUUGACAGUGAAGACAGUGGAGGUAUUUCUUUCGAUAUGUCUACUCAGAUGUUUCCUUAAGUAUUUUUGCCGCAGCAUGAGUGCUUUUUGCUGCUUGCAUGGCAGGGAGUGGCAGUGCGUGUGUCGGCCUGAUUGUGAGUGACAGACAGGGGCAGCAGGGUAGGAUGUAAUGGGGCUUAGCGAGGUUAGGAGCUGCACUGCGGCUGGUGGUGAGGCGUACACACACACCGGCUGCUGCUCUCUCAUGGCCCCUGGCUACAAGUGUGCAUUUCUCUCUGUAAAUGCUGCACCACUUCACCAUCUUUCCCCUGUGCUGCUACAGAUUUUUUUCCCCUGGCUGUACAAAGAUGCUGUUACAAAUGUCGGCUUGUGCGUCAUUACACGCCCAUCGAGCCGACGCCCGUAAAUGUAGCAAACGGUGACAUAGUGUGAAUUGGCGCAAACGGGGCAGCAGGUAGCUUAGUGUAAAUAAAAACCAAGCCCCUGGAGAAGGUACUCGGUCUGAAUCGCAUCAGAAAAUUUACAGUAUGUCUGGGUGAAAAAUGAAAACUUACCUCUGUAAUUUUAACUACGGUAUUGUAAUGAAAAGAUUCAACCUUGUUUGUUCAUAAAAUGAAGUAUGGAAACCUUGUACAGUAGAUUUAUGUGAUUGGGCAUUUUUAGGCAUGAAGGGAACUGUAGAAGUGAAGGGUAUGAUGUAAGCAUUUGGUUUACUCUGGGUUAUGUGAGCUGUGCUGUGAUGGUGGAUUAUGAUUGGUUGACAUAAUUGCAUCCAUACAGCCAUUGUGAGAUGUGGUGAGGACCAGUAUUACACAAGUAUUAGGAUCUGACUAUAAAAGCAUGAUGGACCAUUGCGUCCAUUAAGUUAAUGGAAGGAGCAGUGUGGCACAGCAGUUACGGGACUGUGCUGCAUGUAGGACGUUUGCAAGCUCAGGUCUAGGGGGCACAAAUAUUGCACCCUAAAAGGCACUUAAAUUCCUCCGUACAUGAAUAAAAUAUAAAUGUAAAGGGAAAAUGUAUGUCUGAAUUGUAAAACUGUAAAUAUUUGCUCUUUACGUGAUAUGUGAGCAAGAAAGUAAUUGAAUUGAAAUCUAAAAUGGUACAGAAAUAAUGGUACUUCAUGCAGGUGUGCCAGUUUUCUGGUUUUCCAUAUAUUCUCCAUAUAUUCUGGAAGACCGUUCAUUGAGGUGAAGUUUCAUAUGUAAAAGAGAAUAUAAAGUGUAGUGCCACAUGUUUGGGUGAUGUCCUCCAUCACAUAUGAGCAACUGGAUCUGUUUGCCUCAUCACCUGAGAUUCCGCUCGUUAAUAGCAGUAUCUUGCGUUUUUUUUUGUUUUAGGGUGGUGUCCGCUCAGCCAACGGGUUUAUUUUAUGAGUUCAUUAAUUCCUUUCUAUUGUAGGUACAAAAGCACUACUUUGCUUUAAUGAAGUGCAUUUCUCUUCAUUUGUCCUCGCGCUUCACCAUUUUUAGUAUUGACUUUUUGUGUGUGUCUGUAUAAAAGUUUGUUUUCCCUUGUUACAAUUAAACGUUUGGCGUGUGCAGAUUACUGGCGUUGUGUACACUGUGAAAAGAGGAGGGAGCACGUGAUUAAAAGACCGUAUCCACAGGUUAUGAGAGAUAUGCUUUUGGAAAUUAAAUGGAGAGUAAAUUGAAUAUAGUGUUUCUUGGGAAAUUACUGAUGGUAUAUUUCACUUUUAAUACUGUGAUAAUUGUCAUGGAUUCAGUGUUGGGGAUGUCACUGGUUACUUGUACGAGUUGCCUCUGUAUUAAAGGGUACAUUGGUUGAGCGUUUACUUGAAUUUAUGGAAACAAAUGAGGCAGUAAUGGGUCUUGUUACUUACUCUGUAUUAUGCUUUGUAAGUUGUAAAUAUCUCAGUAAUAAACUGAACCUAAAUAUACAAAUUAACAAUGCAAUUGUGAAGACUUGAAAUACAUAUGAAAUCUUGUGAUUUUAUGUACCACAUAAUAUGUAAAAGAUUUCCAUGUUUUUAUUAUGCCAGUGAUACUGUAGUAUUUUAUCCCUGCAAAUGCAUUUUUCCAUUAUACUACAGUUGUCUAUGUGUGAAGCACCUAAGAAAGAAAUUUAUAGUUGUGAAAAUGGCUUGCAGUACCAUGAAGCAUUACCCCACAAAACUGAAUUGCUGUUAAUUUUUCUGUGGGUCAGUUUAGGGGGGUAGAAAGAUGUGCUCUGUCACACAGAGUCAGAUACAUUUAGGCUGUUUACAAACCAAACUAAAUAAAUGAAAUGAAAGUA